UUUGUUUUAGUACUCCAGUCGAUGGAUUGAGUCUCCACAUCCACAGUGAAUAAGGAUGCAGUCGGCUCAUGGAAAGAGUGAUAUGGAGCGUUUGGGCGUUUUUAUGGAGAUGAGCUACAUAUCUGUAGGAGACAAGUACACUUCAACCAACAGCCGUCCAUUCAAUGAGUCAGCAUAUCAAAGCCGUCAGAUGCAAGCGGGGGUCACCAAACAACUGUGUGCUCUGCAAAGUGGCUUUUUCGACAAGUCUUUUAAAAGGAUUUUUGAGAAAGAAGCACUGAGUGAACCCUUGAGACUGGCUCGGAGGAAUCGGAUGCAGCAGGCCAAGAGGAACAUAGGCAAAGCCUUCCUGCCCUGUAGUGGGACCAAGAAGCCCUGUGGUUCUGGUAGUUACUACGGCACCUUGUCUGGACCUAUAGAAGCCACAAGUCCACUGUCAAUCCCCAAGAAAGUUCACCAUUCACCUGGACGCAACAUUGUCACUUCACCCACCAAGAAAGGCAGUGGUUACAGCUAUCCUAAUGUCACUCUGUCCAAAACUGAUCUCUAUGUCUCCGACCCAUAUGAUAGAGCCAAAGAAGCCCUUAAGAAGGAAGGAGCAAUCCAUCGUGCCAAACUAAACGAUGGACCCUUCAGAAUCAAUCUUCACCCGCAGGAUUAUUUCCAAGGCAAUCCGUAUCGCAGCCACAAGCCACUCCCACCUGCACAAAAGCCCUCACAACUCCAGAAGAACGUUUCCCUGGUUCCUUUCAAGCCCACAUCCCCCAGCAAACGGAUUGGAGGAAUGAAAGCUGGCACAUUUGAUGCCUAUCCCUCACAUUCUGCUGAUCCCUAUGUCAUUCGCCGCUCCAAACCAGCCAAUAAAGAGCCAGUGUUUCAUCCUUCUCCUGGUCCCAAGAGCACGCCUGUCAAAAGUAUAAUCUCUGUCAAUGUUAACAGAAGAAUCAAUUCUACAAACUACACUUCUACCAUCCCAGCUGUGAUGAACCCAUGAAUGCAUUGCCUGUUGAAUUUGUACCCUUUCCCCAAGAAUGUAAUCCUUCCAAAACCUAAAUAAGGCAGAUGAAGAAAUCCUUUAUGCUUUCAUUUUUCAAUUUCACUAAUUGUAUUAAUCUCUGUCACAAAAAUAAUGAUGAUCUAAAAUAACUAUUAUUCAAUUUCCAUUUUACUCAUUCUUACCAUGGAAUUGUCUUUUGGUGUUCAGUAUGAGAGCAUGGCAAAUUUACUUACAGUUUUUCUUUCUGUUGGGAACAAGUCAGAACACCAGGCAGGCCAGUGGCCAUACACAGUUCUUCUCCAGCCAUGCCUAUGGAGUGUGUGCAGAAUAUGAUUUUCCAUUGUCUUGGUGAAAAAUGCAUGGGUUUCCCUGGAAAAGAUGUGGCCUUGAAGGCAGCAUGUUGCUUUAGUAUAUCUGCAAGACUUUUUGCAUUAAUUCUAUCAUCACCAUGGUAGAAAUUAGCCUUGUUACGAACGCUGAUGCAGCCCCAAACCAUCACAGAGCCUGAUGAUCACUACAGGUUGGAUACCCUUAUUUUAUUAGGAUGUCUUCCUUCCAAAAACAAUAACAAACAAUUGCACAGCAUAUCAUCUGAUAGCCUUCAUUUCUUUCAUAAUCUUUUUUUGAUUGUACUAGUUUUGUUCAUUAAUCAAGUUUACAGUCACCUACAGGUGAUAGCUAUUAUUAUUUUGCUUCAUACUUAGCACUACAUUUUACCCUUUCCAAAGCUUUCGGAAAGUUGUAGGCCUUAAAUUAAAUAAAACAAGUAAAUAAGACAAAA